AUGGGAGUACAACCAGAGCAUGGAGGAAAGCCGGCUGCUUCAGCAAGCAGCCAUAUUAAAGGCAUUCUUUACGGAGCUAUUCUGAUAAUUCUGAUACUGGCAUUAAUAGCUGUUUCUGUCUGGCUAGUAGCACUUCUGAACAAAGCAGAAGAGAUUGGAUGUUCGCUUGUUUGUCGCAAACCUAGUCUCCUGCAACCGCAUCCUCCACUCGUUGUUAUUUCUCUGGAUGGUUUUGCUCACAAAUACUUGGCUCAGAAAAUACAGCCGACGCUUGAUAGAAUAGCAGAAUGCGGAGUUUCCGCCAUGGUAUUCCCAUCCUUCCCUUCCGCAACAUUUCCUAAUCACGUCACGAUGUCCAACGGUCUUUUUCCUGGACGCCAUGGAAUCGUGUCUAAUUCCAUAUAUGAUCUCAAUUUGAGUUCAGAGCCUGUAUACUUGGGUACAUCAUUUGCCGAUGGAUAUUAUGUCAAGGAACCUAUAUGGUCUAUUUACCAACGGGAAACUAAAAGACAUGCGGCUGCGAUCUCAUGGAUAGGAACGUAUCAUAACACUACAUAUUACCAACAGCCACAUUACGUGGUACCCUUUGAUCCGAAAAUGAGCGCAGACGAGAAAUUUGACAAGGUGGUAGAAUAUCUGAAACUAGAUGAUGACGAGCGGCCCGGUCUUAUCAUGGCUUAUAACACGGAGCCUGAUGCUACAGGUCACCAAGCAUCGGGUGAAAAGGUAUAUGAGCAAGUACGGUCGGUAGACAAAUCCAUUGACCGCUUACUGGGCAAGCUGAAGAAAGAGGGCAUGCUAGGUUGCGUCAAUAUAGUUGUCGUAUCUGAUCAUGGAUUGUCAGUGAUCAAAAAUCAUGUUGUACUAGAUGAAGUACUAGACACACAUGGUUUUGUGAUUAUACCAGGCGUCAACACUUUGAUGUUCCGAAAUGGGUCAAAUUUGACGGACCAACAAAUAGUCAGCUCAUUGACAUGCAAAGGAACAGAUCAUAUACGCGUAUUCGAUAAAAGAACACUGCCAGUCAGAUUCCAUUUUAGCGAAUCAAAAAGAAUUGGUGACUUCGUCAUUCUUGGACAUAAAGCAUCAACCUCGUAUUUACAUCGCUCGGACAUCAAGCCGGAGCACGUGGGUAACCAUGGUUUUGACUUCGUAGAUCCUGACAUGUUUACCAUCAUGUUCGCUAGAGGACCCAGUUUCAAACAAGGGACAGUGCUGCCGAAUUUCAUGAAUGUAGAAUACAUGAAUUUAUGGACAAAACUGCUACAACUGUCAGCACAAGAAAAUGAUGGGGAUCCAGACUUCAUGAACUUGGCAUUAGUUUCCGGUGGUGGAGCUCCAAAGAAACAACAUUUUCCAGUAAGGGUAUGUAAAGCUACCGAUAAUUAUAUCACAAAUUCUUUGGUAACAACAUGUGGAAACUGCACCGAUGCUGAUAAGCAAGCAUUCAAAACUCGGGUAAUAUGUGAGGAUGGUGGAUUGUUUAAGUCAAUGAUUGUAACUUCUGAUGACCAGAGCUUUUGCUACCUAUCAGAAUGUAAUGAAAUGGCUAUUAUAGAUAGUACUAGUGGAAAUGCUAAUGUCGCAACUCUGAUCGAGAUGUACGAUGGCAACAACAACGAGCAAUUACUUGAUAGUCAAUGCACAUUCCAUCUAAUGGAACGAACAAAUCAUUGUGCGAACACAAGUUCUAGCGAAAAUGUGAAGCACAGAACUUUGUCAGCGUUUCCCGGGCGAGUGUUGGCAAGCAACGAACAGAGCCUCGUUAUACCAUGGAAGACAAAAUUCAUCAAAGAUGUUCUCGAUUCCUUAAAUGAAUACACAAAAAACAUAGUGAAGAUUUUUGGCAAAGUAGUUUCAAUUACGGGAACGGCCUUUGAUGAGGAUUACGAUGGCAGAUACUCGACUUCUGAGCUCAACUCGACAACCCCCACUCACCUCUACCGUAUACUCCUCGCUUGCGAUGGCGAUUGGUCUCUGAACGGCGCCUAUUGUCAAAAGCCGGAACAGACAAAAGUCAUGUCUUUUAUUUUUCCUCACAUGGACGGAGACCCAAACUGCUUGGAUAAGAAGCAGCUACUUUUGCAGUACACGGCACGGGUAAAAGACGUGGAGAUCCUCAGCGGGCUUCACUUCAACUUCACAAGUCUUUCCGACAAGCAACAAAUGCUCCUCAAAUUACAUGUCAAUACUGAACUGUGGUAG